AGGCACGUGGAAAUUGAAAGAGAGGGUUAUCAGUUGACCGUUAGGGAUGUGAACGUUAGGUACCGCCAAAACAAAAACCCGUAGGUAAUUUCAAAAAAAGGAAAAGAAAAGAAAAAAUGCUCUCCAAAUUACCAAAAAAACAACCUUCCCAAGAGAAAAUUUCUCUUCAUUUCAAUGGAUCUUCAUGUUUUGACUUUCAAAUUCUUAGUGCAGAGAUGGAUUUUGCAUCUCCUUCAUCUUCUCCCCCAACUCCUCCAUCUCCACUGCCCAUUAGUGUGGGCCCAGACCAUCAGAAGUACUUCUUCUCAUCGUCGCCGUCCCCGUCUCCGCCCUUCUCACCACAAACCACGCAUACAUCGCCGGAAAGCACCGCUCUUUUAUCUAGAGAGUUGAUUAGACGGCCGAGAGAUCCAUCGUCGUUUUCUCUUGAGAAGUUCUCUGAUGAAUCUGGGCCGCAGAGCUCCUGCCUAGAAGCUUGUUUGGAAUGGUUGUUCCUAAGAUGUUGCUGUUGGUGGUCUCUACUAAAUCAUUCUACUCCAGGAGAAGGGAAGAAAAGCAAUUCCCACUGCCUACCGGACCCAAGCAGGGAUGGUUGUAUGAUCUGAAUCGUCCAUGUUUUGGGUGCUACAGAAGUUGGGACGGAGUAAGAAGUUGGCGUUGGAUAGAUCAUUCUGACCACUGAUAAAUGCAGCUGGAUGUAGAACCAUUGAAAAGAAUUACUCACAUUCAGCUCGAUAAAUCAACGCUCAGGAUCAUUUUUCAGCUCGAUUAAAAGACUUCACAGGAUGAAGGUUUCCUGUUGCCUGACCAACCUUUGGAGUUUCUUCUUUUUUUUUUCUUUGUUUUAGAUAUCAAUUGAAAUUGGGAAAUUUGGAUUAAAAGCACCAUAGGAACAGAGGAGGGAAGAAUUACAUGAUAGAUGGUCGGCAUCUUUGCACCGUACACGUGGGUUUUGAAUUCAAAGAGGUGGGGCCCAUGGUUUGGAAAUGUAGGCCAUUGGUCCUGUUGGGACCCAGUUUGAUGGAGCAUGACCCACUUUGGAAGAUAUCAAGUUUUAUGCAUUCUUGUUCUCAGUGUAAGGGGAGCGAUCUAGUGGUACCCUUUAAGUUUACGGUGAUGCCAGGCAAAUGUGGGGCCGAGUGAUGUGUCCGCGGAAUCCAACCCGUCCAUAACAUGCAUCAACUCAGAAAAACCGUACAUCCAAAAAAAUAUCAACCCAAUCCAAAACUUCGAUGGGCCA